UUCUGCAUUUGGGGGCCAUCCGCCGCAGGACGCGCCACUUGCUCGGGCGCGGCCGCGAGUUUCCCCACCCGAGCGAGAAUGGACGUGGCGAACCAAGAUGUGCUGCUCGAGGUAGAGGAGGAGGAUGAAGAUGAAGAUGAAGAAGUAGCAGCCGCGAGGGAGGAAGAGGAUGGAGAGAUCGUCUUGGAAGAACUGGAACAAACUAUUAUUCCCAGUUAUGGAGCAGUAGUCAGCCAACAAGCACUGCGUAUGCCAGAAUGGGCUGAGUUUAACCUGAAGCCUGAUUCGUUGUACUUCAACGAUGGCCAGAGAAGAAUUGACUUUGUUUUAGUGUAUGAAGAUGAAAGCAAAAAAGACGGUCACAAGAAGAGCUUUCAUAGAAAGCAAAUGAGAAAGAGACAGGCAUAUGAGUCUAACUUGAUAACCCGUGGCUUGCAGCUUGAAGCAACAAGAUCGGUUUUGGACGAAAAGCGUGUAUUUGUGAAAGUGCAUGCACCUUGGGAAGUGCUGUGCAGCUAUGCUGAGGUCAUGCACAUCAAACUGCCCCUAAAGCCAAAUGAUUUGAAAACCCGCGAUUCAGCAUUUAGCUGGAUUAGUAAAUGUUUCCGUGUGGAUGAAAAUAUCAUCAAGCCAGAGAAGGAAUUUUUCACGGCUCCAUUUGAGAAUGAUCGCUUGUCAGACUUUUACAUUCAGGACAAGGACAUGUUCUUCACUCCAGCAAUGAGGAGCCGAAUAGUUCACUUUAUCCUUUGCCGUGGAGAAUAUGCUAUAAGAGAUAAUGUGAAGAAGUUUGGCAUCAAUAAACUACUUGACACAGGGAUCUAUAAAGCAGCUUUUCCACUUCAUGAUUCAAGAUUCAAUCACCAGUCAGAGGAGCCCAGCUGCCCAAAUGAACGGUACCUACUAUACAGGGAGUGGGCUCAUCCUCGAAAUAUUUUCAAGUUGCAACCCUUGGAUUUUGUCAGGAAAUAUUAUGGUGAGAAAAUUGGAAUCUAUUUUGCUUGGCUGGGAUUUUAUACUCACAUGUUAGUCCUGGCAGCGAUCGUUGGACUUGGAUGCUUUCUGUAUGGCUAUUUCAUGAGGGACAACUGCACUUGGAGCCAAGAGGUAUGCGACCCUAACGUGGGAGGAAACAUCAUCAUGUGCCCACAGUGUGAUAAAGAAUGUACAUACUGGAAUCUUACAAUCACCUGUGAAUCAUCCAAGAAGCUGUGCAUAUUUGAUAGCUUUGGAACACUAGUGUUUGCAGUAUUUAUGGGAGUAUGGGUUACUUUGUUCCUGGAGUUUUGGAAACGGCGUCAGGCUGAACUGGAAUAUGAAUGGGACACAGUUGAGUUCCUAGAGCUAGAAGAGCAAGUCCGACCAGAAUAUGAAGCAAGAUGCCGUCAUGUAGUAUUGAAUGAAAUCACACAACAAGAAGAGCAUAUCCCAUACACAACCUGUGGAAAGUGUAUAAGAGUGGUCUUCUGUACAAGUGCUGUCUUUUUCUGGAUCCUGCUCAUUAUUGCCUCAGUUAUUGGCAUAAUUGUUUACAGACUGUCCGUUUUCCUGGUUUUUUCUGCAACGCUGCCAAGACACAUCAAUGGAACAGAAGCAAUCCAGAAGUACCUGACACCACAAGCAGCAACUUCAGUGUCUGCUUCUGUUCUCAGCUUCAUAAUCAUUAUGAUUCUCAACAUGAUCUAUGAGAAAGUAGCAAUUAUGAUUACUGACUUUGAACUUCCAAGGACACAGACAGAUUAUGAAAACAGUCUGACCAUGAAGAUGUUUUUAUUCCAAUUUGUCAACUACUAUUCUUCGUGUUUCUACAUUGCAUUCUUUAAGGGUAAAUUUGUAGGAUACCCUGGUGACCCAGUUUAUUGGUUGGGAAAAUACAGAAAUGAAGAGUGUGAUCCAGGCGGAUGUCUUCUUGAGCUUACUACACAACUGACAAUAAUAAUGGGAGGCAAAGCAAUCUGGAAUAACAUUCAAGAAGUGCUUCUUCCGUGGCUUAAGAAUUUGAUUGGAAGAUGUUGCUCUGCUAAUCGGGCAGAAAAGAUUGUCCCACGCUGGGAACAGGACUACCAUCUGCAGCCCAUUGGUAAACUCGGACUGUUUUAUGAGUAUCUUGAAAUGGUUAUACAGUUUGGAUUCGUCACAUUAUUUGUGGCUUCAUUCCCGCUGGCGCCCCUUUUGGCUCUCAUUAACAAUCUACUGGAAAUUCGCGUGGAUGCCUGGAAGUUAACAACACAGUUCAGACGCAUGGUUCCUCAGAAAGCUCAGGAUAUAGGAGCGUGGCAACCCAUCAUGCAAGGAAUAGCCAUUCUCGCUGUGGUGACAAAUGCAAUGAUCAUUGCUUUUACCUCUGAUAUGAUUCCUCGCCUUGUUUAUUACUGGUCAUUUUCUGUUCCUCCCUAUGGAGAUCACAGCAACUAUACCAUGAAGGGUUACAUAAACAACACACUUUCAGUCUUUGCUGUAUCACAUUUCAAAAAUGCAAGCAAGCCGGCUUAUCAUCCACGGUUUGCCAACAUAACAACAUGCAGGUACCGUGAUUUCCGAUACCCUCCGGGACAUGAGUAUCAGUAUGAACAUAAUAUCUACUACUGGCAUGUUAUUGCAGCCAAAUUAUCAUUCAUCAUUGUCAUGGAGCAUAUCAUCUACUUUGUGAAAUUUGUUAUUUCAUACAUCAUCCCAGAUGUGUCAAAGAAAACUGAGAGCAAAAUUAAGCGAGAAAAAUACCUAACACAGAUGCUGCUGCAUGAAAAUCCUCUGAAAGUUAUGAAGAAAAAUAUGGGGGCAAUUGCUGACAAACUAUUAAAAGGAGCAGACAGUCUCCGACCUAAAUAUGAAUAGGUGCUUGAAACACCAACAGUACCUAACCGGUGGGGUUUCUAGUGAUAAAAGAAUAUUUCCACCAAAACAACAAAACAGAAGGGACUGGAUCCAAGACUCAAUAGACAAUAACUGCAAGGGAAGAAGUGAAGACUUGUAAAGACGUUUUAAGUAUCAAAUGCUAUUUCUCCAAAGUCUUCUCUGACUCAGAACACUUUAUGAAAUUUUUAGCAUAUAACGCCAGCGUUCAGACAACCAGGCUUGCAGAGCCAGCUGUUUUAUAUGUGCACAUGUAAGUGUUCCUUACUCUCAGUAGAAUUCUGGAUUAUUGCAAAAUCCAUCUUGCCAAGUACUUUAUAUUUAAAAGUAACCUCCUAGCAAAUUCCAUUUUGCCAUGAAUGUUUAGGCUUUUGGUACUUGCUUUGAAGAAAUGGGAUUUACCCACGACAUUGGAUAUUGUAUAUCGCAUAUUGUAUGAUUUUUAUAUUUUUUAUUAGUGGCCUAUAAAGGUAUCACUUAUUCUUGCAUUUGUAUUUUCAAAUGGCCACAUGGCUCCCCCCUUUUAUUUCAGUGGAUUGUUGCUGAGAGCUAUAUUACUGGAUCACCUGCCAAAGCAGGUUUUCUCUGUUUGAGUCAUGCAAUUCUCUUUAUCAUUUUCUGACAAAUAUUUAUUUAAUCCUUUUUCUCAUCCCUCUUUGUCAUGGUGGUGAUGAGAGGUUAAUUUGAAAGUAAAUUUGGAUCAUGGUUGGCACUGUGGAACACAUGUAAUCUUGGGGGUCAUCAUCACUAAACAUGCAUUAGUUACCAUUAUGAACUUAGAGGCACCUGCCUGAAAAUAAGCAUGCUUUUUUUAAAAAAAAUGCCUAUGAAGCAAAUUUUGAAAAUCUGAGCCUGUUUGAAAUUCAGCCAAAGUGAAUUUGCCUAUUACUACUUCAGAUUUGCAAUGAUUUUGAUUGAUCAAAUAAAAUUUAGAUAUAUGGAUGCAGUUAGCUUUAGUUUAGAGUAUUUAACAGCCAUGGCUUCUUUGCUGAGUAACCUUUCCUAGAGUUGUUUGCACUAUACAUUCACUGAUUAUGACCAGUUGUGUCCUGCAAUCCCAGUUGCUGGUGACUUGUGCUGAUGUUUGGAUUAAGAGAUUUAACAGAGCAGUCCUGUGCACUGAACUGUUGAUCUGAAUUGGUGACGGGCUGGUUGGUUGGUUUUUUCCAGUGACCACACAACACAUGUGCCAUUGCAAACCAGCCCAUUCCUAAUCAAUGUGUACCUGCAACUUUGGGGGUCUCUGUCAGGGCCUCCUUUCUCUCCCCCCCCCCUUAUGCAGGUAGGAUCAUUCCAUUCUGGUUUGGUUCCAGCUUGUGUGAUUGCUGAGAUGAAACGAAAGCAGUUGGCUUAAGCUUGACCCUUUGCUAACCCUCUUAACAACCUUGAGUAUGGAAAGCUUAUUUGGUGCUUGCCUGUGGAGGAGAAGGGAGAGGAAAAUUUCUGUUUCUCUUUAAUUGCUUCUAUUGCAUUGGUGAUGCUUUGAAAGGGCCUUUUGGGGAAAAAAAAUUCAGUGCAUUACUGGUGUGCUGUAUGAGUUAGCAAAAAUGGAAAAGAAAUUCAAAACUUUCUCACCCUUCCCCUUCGCAGGUGAGUAGCAGGGAAGUCACAGUUUUCAAGAUCAUCAAGUGGCUUAAGCAAAACAUGGAAAAGGAGACAGGAGAGGGAAUUUUUUCCCUUUAAAGGGAAGGAAGAUGGGUCUGGAUCAUGCUAAACAGGGCUGCUUGAGGUGCAUUGUGGUUGAUCCAUGCAUUUGGAUUGAAAGAUCACCCACAAAUGACGUACUGCUUCUCAGAAUGACUCUGUUUAGCACAAUUGAGACCAUUCCAGGUCAGAAUAAAUGGACUGCCCAGUUGUGUCAUUACGUAUGCACGUGAUUAUACUCUUACGCUGCAGUUCUAUACAUGUAUCUGGGAGUAAGUCUUGGUGAAGGCAGUGGAGCUUUGGUCUGAGAAGACAUUGUACAAUUAUCCUAUUAAUGUACUUGUAAGACCCAUUAGUUCUCUACCUUAAAGUGUAUCAGACAUAAGGUAACAUGGUUCAUGUUUUGUAUGUAUUAAAACGGUUCAUGUUUUGUAUGUAUUAGGAGUGCCAAAAACUGUUUGCUCAUAUAGGAUUAUUUAUUACAAAAUGCAAAGCUGCAAAGCUAAGUAAACUGUUUGUGCAGUGCCAACUGUUUUGAUCAUGGUACUCAUAACAAAAAACCCUCUCAAUCUGCAUGUAGAAUGUUCUGUAGUGCUAUUUCACUAUACUAUAUCUCUUUUAAUGCAAGGAUGUAUUUGUUGUUAUUAUGUAUAAAAAUGGAAUGUAUCUUGGUCAGCAAUAUAGAAUGCAAUUCUGUGUUUACAUAAAGAGAAGGUCUAUUAUGUUCAACAAGUCCUAUUUCUACCCUAUCUCCCGGAUAAUAAGACCUAACCUGAAAAUAAACCCUAGUAUAGUUUUUCAGUAUGCUCGUAAUAUAAGCCCUCCCCCAAAA